CUGUUUUCUGUAUUCGGUUGUUUUGAGCUGAAGAGUAUUUGUCGACAUGUCUGGAAGAGGAAAAGGCGGGAAAGGACUCGGGAAAGGAGGCGCUAAGCGUCACCGAAAGGUUCUUCGCGAUAAUAUCCAGGGAAUCACUAAACCCGCUAUUCGUCGUCUUGCUCGACGUGGGGGUGUCAAGCGUAUUUCUGGCCUGAUCUAUGAAGAGACCCGCGGUGUGUUGAAGGUGUUUCUGGAGAACGUCAUCCGUGAUGCUGUGACUUACACUGAACACGCCAAGAGAAAGACCGUCACCGCCAUGGAUGUUGUGUACGCGCUGAAGCGACAGGGGCGCACUCUCUACGGGUUCGGCGGUUAAGAGACCCACGAAGAAGAAAAACCCAACGGCUCUUUUAAGAGCCACCCACAUUUACACACAAAGAACGAGCUUCUGGUUGUUGAAAUUUAUUGCAACGUAAAU